CCGCAAAUGCGCGUCUCCGGAAUAGACGCGCUUUCUCGGCGCUUUUAGAGGCUCAAACGAAGAGCCGUGUGCUCAAUGCCUCGGUGUUCACUAGCGCGUCACCAGCGAAUUCGGCUGCCGAGGAUUCUCGACCGUGUUGACGUACUACAUACAAAGCUCAGCUCUCCCACACUUUUUCCACUCUUUGUUCAUCGUCUCACCUCACAUCAGUUACCAUGUCACCAACACCAGACUGGGUCAAGCAAUUGAAGCCUUCGGGCGUACAGGGCCAUGAGCUCCUCGCCGCUGAGCGUGCUAGCUCCAACAUCCCCGUCCAGGCGCUCGAAGAGCUGCUACACACCAAGGAGGUCAUCCAGAGGCGGAAUAACAUCACGGCGCUGCUGAAGUCCGAGCCCGUUUUCGACAAGUCACAGAACUACUUCAUGGGAAGGACAGAUCGGUUCGAGAGAGCCCUUGCCCGCGAGAAGAAGUUGAGGCUGCUGAAGCAGAAGCACAAGUGGUCGUAUGAUGAAUUCAGGGCCGCCACCGAGCUUGUCGGCGAGCCUGGUCCAUACGGUCUCCACGACAGCAUGUUCAAGGUCACGCUUGCCGGUCAGGGUACAGCCGAGCAGCAGGAGAUGUGGCUCACCAAGGCCGAGAACUACGAGAUUAUCGGGUGUUACGCCCAGACUGAGCUCGGUCACGGAUCCAACGUUCGUGGUCUCGAGACAACCGCCACAUGGAACGAGGACGACAAGACCUUCACCAUCCACUCGCCCCACCUGACAGCAAGCAAAUGGUGGAUCGGCUCCCUCGGCCGGACCGCCAACUACGCCGUGGUUAUGGCUCAGCUCAUCAUCAAGGGAAAGUCCUACGGCCCUACACCCUUCUGCGUUCAGGUCCGUGAUCUGAAGACCCACGAGCCGCUCCCGAACAUCCACGUGGGCGAUAUCGGCCCGAAGUUUGGAUACAACACCAUGGACAACGGGUUCCUUCUCUUCAACCACGUCAAGGUGCCCCACAUCAGCAUGCUGGCCAAGUACCAGUAUGUUGACCCCAACACCAACAAGUUUGGUCGUCGUGGCUCGCCCGCGCUCGUCUACGGUACCCUUACCUGGGUCCGGUCGACGAUUGUCAUGCAGGCCGGCAGCGUUCUUGCUCGCGGUGUGACGAUUGCCACCCGCUACACCGCCGUCCGUCGCCAGUUCCAGGAUCGUGACGCGCCUGCUGGCGAGGCCGAGACACCAGUGCUCAACUACACCAUGGUCCAGAUCCGUCUCCUCCCCCUCAUUGCCGCCACAUUCGCCCUGCACUUCACAGGCAAGUCUAUGAUGGACAUGUACCAGGCCAACCAGGCGAAGAUGACCCAGACACGUGACAAGGGCGAUGCCAAGCGUGGCGCCGGCCCCGAGGAGUUGGAGUCUGGCAGCGAUCUGAUGGCUGAUCUGCACGCAUCGUCUUGCGCGUUGAAGUCGCUCAGCAGUACCAUCGCUGGUGAGGGUCUCGAAGUGUGCCGUCGUGCGUGCGGUGGCCACGGAUACUCCAGCUUCAGCGGCAUUGGCCCGUGGUAUGCCGACUACCUCCCCACUCUGACAUGGGAGGGCGACAACUACAUGCUCACCCAGCAGGUGGCUCGCUACCUUCUCAAGUCGGCGCGCUCCGUCCUCAAGGGCGAGCGCCCCACCAACGACACAACCAAGAUCCUCGCCGAGUUCCAGUCGCGGCGCGAGAUUGGCUGCGCGUUCGAUAUCAUCGGGUCUGACAAGGACCUUGUUGACGCAUUCGCAUGGCGUGUGUCCUUCCUCACAUUCGAGGCGUCCAAGCACCGCGACACAGAGAAGAAGCCGUGGAACGACCUCCUGGUCGACUUCUACCGCCUGUCCAAGGCGCACGCGCAGUGGAUGAUUGUGAAGAACAACCUCUCGGCGCUGCAGGCCAUCGCAAACGGCAACCAGGUCAACAACGAGACGGUCGACGUCCUGAUGAAGCUGUUCCGCCUGUUCGCGCUGCACACGCUCGAGCAGGAGGGCAGCGAGUUCUACGCCAGCGGCGCGUGCAGCAAGCACCAGAUCAUGCUGGCGCGCACAAACGCGGUGAUGAAGCUGCUGCAGGAAAUCCGCCCGCACGCGGUCCGCCUGGUGGAUGCCUGGGGCUUCGACGACUGGGUGCUGGACAGCAGUCUGGGACGCGCCGACGGCAAGGUGUACGAGGAUAUGUUCCACCGCGCCAGCGAGCUCAACCCGCUGAACAACAUCACGGUGGACCCGUACCCGCAGAACGACGUGCUGUUCAAGCGGAUCGAGAAGUCGAAGCUGUAGAGGGGGGGUGAAUUGUACAUUCUGGUCACAUAACGUUGUUUGGAUAGAGAAAUGUAAUGACUUUGCAUAUGAUA